UGAAUAAAUUCCUCAAAUAGAUUUUCUGUUGUUAAUUUAUAAUUAUUGUUAUUUCUUGUUUUUGUCAACAUUUAUUUAUGUGACAAGUUACCAAACACUUUCAUUACAUAUACUUGAUACCGUUUCCCUUUUCUGAAAAGCUAUUUUUACAUAAUUUGUAAGAACAAAUAGUUAAAAGUAACAAAUGUUGCAAUACCGGAAGUGUUUGUUUCCAGUUUGUUUUCGAUGACGUGUCCCACAACACAUUACAGAAAACAACUCUUUGCAGCAGUGGAUUGAAAACUAGUUCGACUAUGGCAGUCGAGACACCGGCGAAUGUCCUCGACAUUCUUUUUGACGAAAAUGAUGGCCUACUCAACAAAGAAUGCCAAGAUGUCCCGUCAUUUGAUUUCGCCGAUUUGGAUCUCAACAUGGAUCUGCUUCACGAUGACUUGUUUGACUCACUGUUAAACAUCCCGGAGAACAGCACUGAUGACCAGCAGGCCGCCGUAAACCACAAGGUCAAGGUCCAUUCGGACCACGACUACUAUGCACAGAAGUCUCCGUCCAGCCACAGUGACAGCGGUGUGUCCAUGGACUCCAUGGCCGACUCCCCUCCAGUAGUAAUGGACCAGUCCGAAGUGAACUACUCAAACCAGAAAUGUUUGUCAAGUUCGUCUCAUAGUGACACUAGUAUAGAUUUAUUUCUCACAAAUCAUCUGACAACAGACGACACAAGUCCUCUUGGGAUUGGCAUGGAGGAUUUGGACAUGCAGAAUUUUGAUUUCGAUUCUCUGGGGGCCGUUGAUGAUUCAGAUUUUCUCAGUUCUAAGGACAGUGAUGUUGCAAUAGAUUUUGAUGUAGGAAAUGUCGACACAACUCUGGAUCAAAUGAACUACAUCACAGUUAAUUCAGGCAACAAGAAAACAAUUCAGAUUGUACAGCUUGUGAAGGGAACGACAACACAGACGUUACCCUUUACCCUGAAGGAUAUCAGACCUCAAGUGACCAGCUCAUCAAAGUAUCCCGAGUUGAGGCUGACUGAUGAAGAGAAGGAGCUCCUGGGCCGAGAAGGAAUCGCCCUACCUACCAACUUGCCACUCACAAAGGAGGAGGAGAGAGCUUUGAAAGCUGUACGCAGGAAAAUUAGGAACAAAGUAUCGGCUAAAGAAAGUCGCAAACGUAAAAUGACGUAUGUUGAUGGACUAGAACACCGGGUUAAGAUGUGUACCACGGAAAAUUCACAACUACAGAAGAAAGUUCAUGCUCUUGAAACUCAAAAUGUGACUCUGAUAACACAACUAAAGAAACUACAAGCAAUGGUAACAUCCAAGUCAAACAAACCAGCUCACACGACGGUCGCAGUGUUGCUGUUAUCAUUUGCUCUGCUGGUGUUUCCCAGCUUUAAUCCAUUCAGCAGCAACAGUUCUCUCCCUUCAGACCCAAAACAGCUGGUGAUGCCAGGAAAGUCUCGCAGUCUUUUGUACAGCCCAGAAUCACAUUCGAAAGAUGUUGAAGAUCCGUACGGACUUUCAGUCAAACAGGACCCUCCGUGGCAGCCCCAGAUCUCUCCAGUCCUUACCGCCCCCGAUAAACGAAGCAGCCCGGUGCCAGAAGUCUACACGGAGGAUACCAAGGCCACGAACGAAGACACGGAUUCAAAUAAAACCUCAGAAACAGGAAAAAACAAUCCUGGCCAUAGCCAAGACAAUUCCGAAACACGAAAAGACAAUCUCGUUGACAACAAACAACAAGAUCAAAUUGUACAAAACAAAGACAAAGAUCAGUUAGAUUUGUAGCCAAAAAGAAAAAAAAGACUAGAAUUCUUUUUUUCCGCAAAGCUGGGAAUAGUUGUAGAUCAACGUUGUGUAGUUAAAUAUUGUGUUCAGACUUUCAGUGGUUUUGCCAGCUAAUGUGCCAAGAAGAGAAGUUGUAUGUGUGAAGCUUACAGCUACAUGAUCGGACCUCUGUAUUUAUUAUCUGAUCUGGACGAUAAAAGAAAUAUCAGACAGAUAAAUUUGUGUAGAAAUAUAGAUAUUUUAAGAGUUUAUUACUGAGCAGCAGGGUGGUGAUUUUAGUUUCACCAACCCCGCCCACUUUUCACGCAUUCAGUAGAUAUUACGGCCUGUAUUUCUAAAACGGUCUUCCUACUUUAAAAGAUAUUGAACACUGAUAUUAUAAGUGGUCGGGACAUAGCCCAGUCGUAAAACAGCUCACUUGAUGCACGGUCGGUUGACUUCGAUCCCCAUCGGUGAUCCUGUUGGGCUAUUUCUUGUUCCAGUCAGUGCACC